ACAACUCUCCAUAAUAAAAAUAAAAAUUUAUACAAUAAUUUUGUUACACUCUUACUAAAUUUAGCUUUCUUUUCCCUUCCUCUUCCUCCAAGCACAACAACAGCAAGGGAAAAAAACCAGAAGGAAAGGGAAAAGAAAAAAAAAAUACAGUAAGAUCUCCCUGUUUCUCGACGUUUAAUUUAUUCACGUUUAUUUGUUUGUUUGUCAAAAAAUAUAUAUUGUAAUUUGGUGAUUUAUGUCUCGAGAGCCGAAUUAUGAGUUUCAAGAAUGGUGGAACAAGCAAAGGGAGAAGAACCACGACUUUUUCACCAAUGAUAGUAACAAUGCUAACAAAGGAUUCCUGACCGUCGAGAUCAGGAGUCUCAAUCCUGAUCUGACGACCGAAAAAGAUCGUUCCAGAAGCGCACGACAGCUAUCCUGGAUUUGUCUCUUGAGAUUCCAGCAACUCGCUAACUCCCUCGCGUGGAUCACAAACUCCUUCCUUCUCCUCCUCCGUACUGCCAACCGCCGAAUCUCAGCUGCCGAUUCCCCAUCUGAUUCCUCCGCUUCUAGGCUCUACCGUAUAAUUAAGUUCUUUCUGUUUCUCGUGGUCCUCUUACUUUGCGUCGAGUUAGUUGCCUAUUUCAAGGGAUGGCAUUUCAGCCCCCCGUCGGCCGCGUCGGCAGAGGCGGCGGUCGAGCUUUUCUACGCCUUAUGGCUCGAAAUCCGAGCCGAUUACUUGGCGCCGCCACUGCAGAGCUUGGCGAAUGUGUGUAUAGUGCUCUUCUUGAUUCAGUCGAUGGAUCGUGUGCUGUUGAUGCUAGGAUGUCUGUGGAUUAAAAUUAGGAGAAUCAAACCGACGGCAAGUAUGGAGUAUCCGAUGGGGAGAGUAGAAACAGGGAAUGUAGAUGAUUAUCCCAUGGUGUUAGUGCAAAUUCCUAUGUGCAAUGAGAAGGAGGUUUACCAGCAAUCUAUCGCAGCAGUUUGUAUUAUGGACUGGCCAAAGGAGAGAAUGCUGGUACAGGUUUUGGAUGAUUCUGAUGAAUUAGAUGCUCAGAACCUUAUCCAGGCAGAAGUACAGAAAUGGCAUCAAAAGGGUGUGCAUAUAUUAUAUAGACAUCGGCUUAUUCGUUCUGGCUACAAGGCAGGAAACCUCAAAUCUGCAAUGAGCUGUGAUUAUAUAAAAAAUUAUGAGUUUGUUGCAAUUUUUGAUGCAGAUUUCCAGCCAGCACCAGAUUUCUUGAAGAAAACCAUUCCUCAUUUCAUGGGAAAUGAUGACUUAGCAUUAGUCCAAGCAAGGUGGGCAUUUGUAAAUAAGGAUGAGAACUUGCUUACAAGAUUGCAGAACAUAAAUUUAUCGUUUCAUUUUGAGGUUGAACAGCAGGUCAAUGGUGUGUUUAUUAACUUCUUUGGUUUCAAUGGAACUGCUGGUGUGUGGAGAAUUAAGGCCCUCGAGGACUGUGGUGGAUGGUUGGAACGAACAACUGUUGAGGACAUGGAUAUAGCUGUUCGAGCACACCUUUGUGGAUGGAAGUUUGUAUAUCUGAAUGACGUUAAGUGCUACUGUGAACUUCCUGAGUCAUAUGAGGCAUAUAAGAAACAGCAGUACCGCUGGCAUUCUGGUCCUAUGCAGCUGUUCCGCUUGUGCUUUCUUGACAUACUUCACUCAAAGGUGAAUAAGGCCAAGAAAGCCAAUUUGAUUUUUCUGUUCUUCCUCCUAAGGAAGCUUAUUCUGCCCUUCUACUCGUUCACCCUGUUCUGCAUCAUUCUCCCAUUGACGAUAUUCCUGCCAGAAGCUGAGCUACCAGCUUGGGUAGUUUGCUAUGUUCCUGGAAUUAUGUCUGUGUUGAAUAUCCUUCCAGCACCACGAUCAUUCCCUUUCAUUGUCCCAUACCUUCUAUUUGAGAACACCAUGUCAGUGACAAAGUUCAAUGCGAUGAUAUCUGGUCUGUUUCGGCUUGGAAAUUCUUAUGAGUGGAUAGUAACGAAAAAGUUGGGCAGAUCAUCAGAGGCUGAUCUUGUUGCCUUCGAGAACGAAUCAGAUUCUUCAGUAACUGAAACCACUAGUUUCCUCAGGUCAUCCUCAGAUUCUGGCUUUGAAGAGCUGAGCAAACUAGAAGUAACCUCCAGGAGAAGUGUGAAAACCAAAAGAAAUCGUCUCUACAGGAUGGAACUGACCCUUGCUUUUAUCUUGCUGUCUGCUGCCGGGAGAAGCUUGUUGUCCGCCCAAGGUAUUCACUUCUACUUCCUAUUAUUUCAAGGAAUUAGUUUCCUUGUGGUUGGUCUUGAUUUGAUCGGAGAACAGGUGAGUUGACCGUAGGACACUAUAGGUGCCAUCUAGAGUCCGAAAUGCAGGUCACAUUGACCCAGCAUCUUUAACCAAUAACAGCAAUUUUGGUGUUACUGGUUCUGGACUGAAGCAGUUCUCCAUUGGUCAUUCAUUGUAUGGUUGUCAAAAUGCCAAUUGUGAAGCCACGUGCCAUUGGUUAAAAUAUAAAGUCUGUACCAAACAAAAAGGGAUUUUUGAAGAAGAUUAGGAAAAAUAGUGGUUGGAUGUUUGAAGCUGGAGUUAGAGUGGGAGGGUGAUGGAAUUAUUUGUGUAAAGUACCACUGUACACUGCCAAUUUUGAUAUUUCAAAUUUGAGAAGCGAGGCAGGCAAGGCAAAGCAAGGUGUAUCAUUCUUUUUUUCUUUUCAAUUUUAUUGGACAGAUUGAUUGGUUGAUUGAUUUGUGUACGAUUACAUAUAUAUGUCGGCUUUAAGAGGGGUCGAUUCUUUCUUCUAAAGAUCAGUAUAAUCUUGUCCAAACAAAUGUGUAAAUCUAAAGUCUUCUUAAUCACAAUCAUUCUUUGUCACC